CCUGGGAGGGAGCAUUGUGUACUGAGCUGUCGGGUAGGGAGUUCCCGAGUGGGUGGGUAGUGAGAUAGUGUGGUAGUGAGGAAGUCAGCAGUGUCUGACUGGAAAGCAGCCUGGAGUUCAAGAGUCAAAGCUGUUUUGAAGAAUGGGGAGAACUGAAGAUAUUCACAGAGGGAAGGACUAAUGGAACAAAAGGGGCUGAAGUUGUGAGAGAGCAGAGUGACUGACUGACUGAGAAGUGGAAGAGGCUGGAUCCCUGAGCCCAGGGCAGGGGUCAUCCCUGACUGUCAGACUGACGCCUGUUUCUCCCAAGUGGGAGAGAAGGACCAGGAAAAGAUGCAGAAACAUUUUAGGUGGAAGGAGGGACCCAAGGGAGCUGAAGCUAAGUAUAAGUCUUCUCAGUAAAGGAGGUUGUGCAGCUGCCUGCCCAUACUGGACAGGUGUGGAUCGUGGUAUAGGAGCAUAAGAGAUGGGGUGCUUUGGAGUGGCCACCAUGGGGGAUAGAACAUGAACCAGCAAUGGACUCUCUGAAGGUUCAGAGGUCCAUCCACAGCCACUUUAUGCACAAGUGCUUGCCUGUGCCUGUGGGGCUGUGGACAGGUUGGCCCCGAGUCAUGAGACAUGCUAGGCACUUCCUCCCUUGCCACACACUCAUUUUCACACAGCCAUAUGCUCCAAGGGCAGUAGUGUUUGUGUCUGGGCACUCCUGAAUUCGUCUCUUGCCUGUUGGUCCCCGAGGCCUUGGCUGGUAGUUUUUGGCCUGCUAGAGUGCAUUUCCCAUAAGAUCAAUGUUAUUCUUGGGGUUAGAGUCCCCAUACAAACCCUCACAUGCUUAUUUACCAUAGCAUGUGUCCCAAGCAUGAUGAGAAAGGAGCAUAGUGACAGAAGAGGGUAUAUCUAUUUAGUUCAGUGAUUCUAGGAUAGGCUUUGCUACCUAAUGAGGCUAAUGAUAGUAUCAAAUAUUGAUCUAUGGGGAAAAUAUUUGACAUUUCAAAGAACAGGUUGAAAUCACAUCUUGUAGCACUGUAGUUGGUCUGACCUGGCUGAACUUUGAAAAAUAAGUCUUACCAUAUGGAACACUGAUGUAAAUCCAGUUAAUUUCCCCUACUUUUACAGCAGCUACUGUUUGGAAAGAGACGUGCUGGGAUGGUGUAUCCUAUUGGCCUGGGGAUUAUGACGUCCAACACGUAUUCCUGGACUUCUCCAGACAGGUUAUGUCACGAGCAGAGGCUGCCCUGAAGCUCCCUGUGGCUCAGAGACUAUGUACAAGAGGAAUGGUCUGAUGGCUAGCGUGUUGGUCACCUCUGCCACUCCACAGGGCAGCAGCAGCUCAGACUCUCUGGAGGGCCAGAGCUGCGACUAUGCCAGCAAGAGCUAUGACGCCGUUGUCUUUGAUGUCUUGAAAGUGACUCCUGAGGAGUUUGCCAGCCAGAUUACAUUGAUGGACAUACCUGUGUUUAAAGCCAUCCAACCAGAGGAACUAGCCAGCUGUGGAUGGAGUAAGAAGGAGAAACAUAGUCUUGCCCCCAACGUUGUGGCCUUUACCCGGAGGUUUAACCAGGUCAGUUUUUGGGUUGUUCGAGAAAUUCUAACAGCACAGACGUUAAAAAUAAGGGCAGAAAUCCUGAGCCAUUUUGUGAAAAUAGCCAAGAAACUUCUAGAACUCAACAACCUUCAUUCUCUCAUGUCUGUGGUGUCAGCGUUACAAAGUGCACCCAUCUUCAGGCUGACAAAAACCUGGGCUCUUUUGAAUCGAAAAGACAAGACCACCUUUGAGAAAUUGGACUACCUGAUGUCUAAAGAAGAUAAUUACAAGCGGACUCGGGAAUAUAUCCGAAGCCUGAAGAUGGUUCCCAGUAUUCCCUAUCUAGGUAUCUAUCUUCUGGAUUUAAUCUACAUUGAUUCUGCAUAUCCUGCCUCAGGCAGUAUCAUGGAAAAUGAACAAAGAUCCAAUCAGAUGAACAAUAUUCUCCGAAUAAUUGCUGAUUUACAAGUUUCCUGCAGCUACGAUCACCUCACAACCCUGCCCCACGUGCAGAAGUACCUAAAGUCCGUACGCUACAUUGAAGAGCUCCAAAAGUUUGUGGAAGAUGACAAUUACAAACUAUCGCUCAGAAUUGAACCAGGAAGCAGCUCUCCGAGACUAGUCUCUUCCAAGGAAGAUCUUACAGGCUCUUCUGCUGGCUCCAGUUCUGCAAGGUUCAGCCGGAGGCCCACCUGUCCUGAUGCAUCUGUUGCUGGCAGCCUCCCCACACCCCCGGUCCCAAGACACAGGAAGAGCCACAGCCUGGGCAACAAUAUGAUGUGUCAGUUGAGUGUAGUUGAGAGCAAAAGUGCGACAUUCCCAUCGGAGAAAGCAAGGCACCUACUGGACGACAGCGUCCUAGAGUCCCGCAGCCCCCGCAGGGGCCUCACCCUCACCUCCUCUGCUGUCACCAAUGGACUCUCCCUAGGCAGUAGUGAGAGCUCAGAGUUUAGUGAAGAAAUGUCUUCAGGGCUGGAAAGCAGGGGACGUCUCUAUGCCACCUUGGGGCCCAACUGGCGGGUUCCAGUUCGGAGUUCUCCCAGAACCCAGAGCUGUGUCUACAGCCCCACCGGCCCAUGCAUCUGUAGUGUGGGGAGCUCAGCAGCAGUGCCCACCAUGGAGGGGCCUCUGAGAAGGAAAACCCUGCUCAAGGAAGGACGGAAGCCUGCGCUAUCCUCGUGGACCAGGUACUGGGUCAUACUCUCAGGAUCUACCCUCCUGUACUAUGGAGCCAAGUCCUUGCGGGGCACAGACAGAAAACACUAUAAAUCCACGCCUGGCAAAAAGGUCUCCAUUAUGGGCUGGAUGGUCCAGCUACCUGAUGACCCCGAGCACCCGGAUAUCUUCCAGCUGAAUAACCCUGACAAAGGCAAUGUUUACAAGUUUCAGACUGGUUCCAGGUUUCAUGCAAUACUGUGGCACAAGCAUUUGGAUGAUGCAUGUAAAAGCAACAGGCCUCAGGUAAAGUCAUCAAAAUCCUGCUUGUCACCUGAAAUACCUUCUCCUACCCUUGGGACUAGGGGUCCUUAGAAAGCAGGGCUCCCUGCUUCCCCCUCAGAGCUCAUCAGCCAUGCUCCCAGCCACCCUUUUGAUCAGCCUUUUUCCAUGAGACAGAGCACCCCUUGCUCAGCUUAGCACUAAUCUCAGCUUCAAACCAGAACUUAGAAUCUUGUCCCUGUGUUUUUCCCACUAAAGGAAAUAUCACAGAAACAUCCAUCGUGGGACAGUGAGGCAGGUGUGAUAUCACCCCAAGGUUCAGGCUGCAGAAUCUAUUUAGGUAGCUCCCCCCAAAGUUGAUUUCAUGGGAAUACUCCAAACUGACUAAAGGGUACAACCCUUAGGAAUAAUAAUAGCUAAUUUACUGAAAGCGAACCAUGUCCAGGCAAGGCUGCUGAUGAAAUGAAGGCGUUACAGGUUUCUCAGCUGUUUGAACCAGUAGGAUUUGUAUUGAUGUGGCCCCUUCUGGACCGCUGGGCCUGGAUCACUGUAAUCUCCCUGCCCCAACCACUCCCAUCCUCUCCUUGGCACCAGGCAGUGUGCUAAAUGUUUUACAUGCAAGAAAAAGCCAAAUCCUUACAAUAUCCCUGUGAAGUAGGUUCUCUUACUGUCUCCAUUUGACACUGAGGACACUGAGGCUUGGAAAGUGGCAGGUACUUGUUUACAGCCCCAUAGUUAGUAAGUGGUAGAGCUAGGAUCUAACACAGGUCUGCCUGACUCCCAAUUCUUUACUUGUCACCACUGAGCUCUCCUGCCUCUUGCUUCCUUGAGAGUCCCUGGUGUGCUCAGGCUCCUGCAGUUAAGCUGAAGGCCUGGAAGCACAGCCAUGGCUGUCCAGGCUUGUGAGAGAAACGGCUGCCCCCACCCUCAGCACCAGAGGGGGGACAGGCUGGACCUUCCUGCUCCCCAGGGUGGGCAGGUGGGCAGCACUUGGGCUGCUGGUGCCAGUAUCGGUCUUCCUGUCCGUAAGUAUCUUAUGUCCAUGUUCCACAGGGAUCAGCCAGAGGUGGGGCUGGGAAAGUUGGUUCCCCCUCCUCAGGCAGUCUGAGGAGAGCAUCAGGGCAGGGAGUAAAUGUGGCAGCUUCAAGGUAGUAGUUGAAGGUAUAAGAUAAGCCAUCUCAUUGCAGGCAGCUCCUCAGAGGCCUGAGGGAACCUCAGCAAAGGUACCUGCAAACCUUAUGUCAUUUGAAUAAGUCUCUGCGGGACUUGGCAUGACUUCAAAGGCUUCUGGGAUCCCCAGCCUGGGACUAGUGGAGAAGAGCAGGCCCUGGGCCCUGGCCAGGAUGCUGGGAAAGUCACAGCUGCUCGGACUCAAGGGGAUGUGGCCUGCGGCCUCACAGUCCCAGAGGACUCCGCCAGUUCAGGAUCCACCUGCCUACCCCUAGCGACUCUCAUGACACUCACUUUGCAGCACCACUUUGCGGGGCAUUGGUUGGACCCCAAACUGUACACCCUCCCCGUCUGGGCCCUCGUCCAUGAGCUGCUUCUGCCACUAGAGAGCAUUUGGCCCACGUUGGGUACUCAGUGCUUUCUACUGCACAAAAGAGUGGACAGUGUUAACCUGCAUGAGGGGCCAGAGAGGAGGAACAGGCUGUGGAACAGGCUUUUUACACCCCAAGUGCACGGGGUCACUCGCCCACAGGGCUGCCUCAGAUUUUGUACAACCCCCGAAGCGUCCUCUGCGUUUGCGUGCUGUAUAUGCGUGCGUGUGAGCGAGUGUGAGCUCUUUGAGAAACAUGCAUUUUGGCACAAGACUUGUGACAUCACACACUUCAUUCAUAUUGAGGCCCUGUGUUCACCUUAAGUUACAGCCUUGUCCACCAAGGAAGGUCAGAGUGAGAGCCCAGAUUACUUCUGUGUUAAGGAUCCCCCAUGUUCUUUCACUGUAAACAAACAAUGCCUUAAAUUGUGUCUUGUUUUCUGUUCCUAUGGGUGCUAUUCAUCUGGAAGGCCUGCUCCCUGGGUCCCCCCGGGUCCCUUCUAGGCCUUGUCACUGUCAGCCCUUCCAAGACAGGGCCCAGCUUCAGGACUGUGGACUGGGCCACUGGCCUGCUUGUUUCCUUCCAUCUCCUCUCCCUGGCAGGGUCUGAAGGCCCUUCUCUUUUCACUCCCUCCCACCAUACCAGAAUGGGAAGUUGUGACAUUUACUCCAGCUCCAUCUGAAGCAGGUCGGAAGCUGCCAGGCUAACAGUGAACAGCUUCACAGAAGCUACUUUGCACCAACCUCUCCCUGCAGGACAAGAUUUUUGCUCCCAUCGUUACCCCUUUGCCUCCACUGCCAGGGCGGAGCCCACCGGGAAUCCUAAUAAUGCUGGGGAGCUGAGUGACGCUGAGGCCUUAAGCUCCCCCAGUCUUGCCCCCGUAUUCCCCAAACACAGCCACCAGCAAGUUCUCCAUCAUCCAAGUCCGAGGGCACCAUUGUUGAUGACCAUGGUGACAAGACGGCAAAGCCCUGGGGAGUGAAAGGUCCAAGCUCUACAUUGAUUUAAGAGCUCUCCACAUGAACAAUGUCCUUUAUCUGUUACCUCUUGUCAUAUCUUAAAGUGACUUCUAUUUUGCACAGAUACAUUUUUAUUCAAAAUGAUGAAUUACUCCAUCAUUAUAGCUACUUUUCUCUCUCUCUCUUUUCAUUUGGGUGUCCUAAUUCUAAGAAGGAAACUAAGUUUUCUGAGAGAAACUGACUUUCUGGGGUCUUUGUAGCUAUCAUUGUCUCAGAGCUCACACUGAUUGGGCAUCAAACUACCCUUAAGAGUUUCUGAACAAGAUGCUUCAAAACAACAUCUAAAUCAAUAAACUGGUAAUAGGUCAAUUGAAAAACUACCAAAGGACCGUCCACUGUAUUUUGAUUAAAUGGUGACAACUUUUUUGAAAAUGUGAAUGAAUUGGUGAAGAAAGUAGUUGUUACUAAGGCAUUAUUUUGUGGCUAAACCUUACUGUGCUCAAUAACUCUGCUUUUGAGCAAAGACUAGAGUACCAGGAGAAACUCCAGGUGGUAAAGUUGAUGCCAUCAAACCUUGGCCAUGGCUGCUUUGCACACCCAACCAUAGGUGGGGUCAGAAUGUGUGUGCAGUUACUUUACACCAGUGAUUUAUUAAAAUGAGCAUCUAGAGGCUUAAUGAAAAUGCCAAACAUUCCAAACACCUCUGACCAGAACCAUGCAGUGUUAACACUUUAAACUACAUUGAAUCUAAUUCUACAUAUAAACUUUUUAAAAGUCUUAAGUGUGGAUGAAAAUGCAAGACUGGAGUAUCCACUACUUAUUUUCCUUGGAUUUCUCUACUCUUCAAACUGUCCUGGUUUCUCUCACACGAAAUAUUAUGGAUGCUAACCCGAAAACCUCAAAAUUUUGGGCUCUACUAAAUGAGGUAAUUUUCUACCCUUUGCAAAUUUUUCUUAUCUUGCCCAGAUAUUUUCUUCUAAACCUAAUUUGAAUAGCACAAUUACAAUUCUUUUCAAAGUGUUUAGUCUUCUCACAAAUUCAGAUUGAUCCCAUAUCCCCUCCCAGAAACAUUCUUAGCUUGGACUCUCUAAGAAUCUGUUUAGACCUGUUGGAAAAGGCAUUGUGGAAUCUAACAAGAACCUUGAACACACCAGAAGAGUCCUGCAGACGAAGCUGAAAUGUGCUCGGCUCUCCAUGGAAGGGCUCAGGGCCAAGCAUCAAACAGAUCAUGGCAUCCCAAAAUGAAAAUUAUAGAAUGCUAUCUACAAACUGUGGAGUAGGCAGCUGGUAUCGUUAUGAUGUCCCAAGAACAGCUCACUCACCACUCCCUGGGAGUAACUCUUUCACCCCUCACAGUUGAACUCAUUUUGUAACUCAAGGUCAGCCAAGUGCAUUCUGGCAACUGAAAUACUUCAUGGAGGAUUGAUUUGGUGGAGAACAGUAAAACUAUUGUUCAGAAUCAGAGAGUAUGGCCUCCCUUCUUUCCCUUGAGUAGAAGCCUGUUCAUCACCCUGUCAGACUGGAACCUCAGGAAGAAGAUACUUGAAGGGAUUCUGCUUAGGAAAGAACCCACCCUCUUGCCAACUGAAUCUAUAAAGCAUGUUCGUACCAAGAUGGCCAGUAUUUCUUUCAUCAUGUUCCUCCCACCUCCCAAACCCAAGAGAUUAUCUUUUAGGAUAUCAUUUUACAAGUGGAAAAUUGUCCAUGAAAAUGUGAGGCCACUUUCAAGCAAGGUCUGUUUUCAUUCCACAGGUCAAGUUCAGAGCUCCGUGCCCACGUUGCUAAUGCUUGUGAACAUUGCAGAAAAACACAGCCUAGCUUUUUGUGUGUGACUCCAGAAAUGACUUUAAUCAGCUCCAUAUCAUAUUACAUGUUGAGUGACUUCAUAUUAAACGAAAACAUUACAAGAGUCCCUUUGAAAUGACACAUGCUUUACAUGAAACCAUCCAUUCAUUCAUUCACAUCUCUAAUGAGUGCUUCCUAUGUGCCAGGCUCUACUGGAGAUAUAAAUGGCUGAGAACAAGAUAGACCCAAUCCCUGCCCUCAUGGAGCUAACCACCCAAUGAACAAAUAAUCCCUACUCCACGCAUCUCCUCUGGCAAUACCCAUCCUCUGUCCUAGCAAUGUGUAUAAAUCCUGUGCACACAUUCCUCCAGAAAGGCUUCGAGAGGCUCAACAGACUGAACAGCUUCUUGUUCUGCAAGUUCAGUCGCAACAAGGACUAGAUGGAGUCGCUGUCCUAGAUGCUGGGUUGGCCCAGAAAAGCCAGGCACAGAGCUAGAGCUAUGGUUAGGUACACCAAGGACUCCAAGGUGGAAGGAGAGAGCAGGGUCAGAAUGUUCACAGUAUUUGCUUCAUAGUUGGUUCUUAAAAUUACUGUUUUUUCAAUGAUAAAUAGAAGUACAGCAUGAGCUAGUGCAAGAGCUAUGUUUUCUUGGGUGUUGAGAACUUGUACCAUGAACUUCAGACCACCUUGCAGCCCUGUGCUGCGCAAGCCUGCCUAUGCCAUGGACAGCCCCAAAAUCCCUGUUCACAGCAGUAACACGGUGGAUCAUCUGUCCAUUUUAUAACCAUUAAUCUCUGUAACCAUUUCUGAACGACUGUGACCAUUCAGUAAUGAAACAGUAGUAAUUAAUUAGUAUUGUAUAAUCUUUAAUACAUUUUGUGCCAAAAUGCAUGGUUUUCCACUUAGCAUUCAAAAUGUUGCAUAGAGUAGUUUUCAAUUUCUUACGUAUUCUUCAAAGUAAGUUGAAAAUCAGUUUCUACAUUUUAAUUUGUUUCUUGUUAGAUCUGUUGCACUCUCCUGGGCUGUCUUUUUUUCCAGCAGACUCCUGCAUGCAGUUGUGUAAGGACUUCCUCAGAUUUUUGUGAAUUGUCUCACCCGAAAUAACCACUGAACAUCAGCCCUCCAUGGGAUUCUUUAGAUUUUUGGUGAAGUAUUUUGUUACCUCAGUCUUGUAUCAAGUUGCUGUAUUUUUCAGCUUGUUACACUGAUAAUAAUUGUUUCACUAAUUAAAUACUUUAAUGUAUAAACAUCUUUGUUUACUUUGAAAUUAAAUGUGUUUUCCAAUGAAUCUCGCUGAAUUUAUUAAAGUCACAUGCAUUCACUUAGCAAAGAGUUGAUGUGCGAGAUAGACAUGAAAGAGGCAUGGGGCACUCAGAGCUCAGCUAAAAGGUGACCAGAACAUAAAUGGCAUAUAGGAGCAAUGCCCUCAGGAAGGGACAUAGUGCUGUAGGCACUCAGCGGAAGGAGGUAGGGUAUCUAGGGAGGCUUUAGAGGGUAGGAGACAUUUGGAGAUUCAGUUCAGAGACUGCAGAACACAUAGGGGGCGAGGGAGAUGGGAAGGAGCAGGAUGAGGUUAGGGAAAAGCAGGCAAUCCAAUGUCAGUGAGUAAAGGGUUGGGGGAAUAAUGGGAUGUAAGUCUGAAGAGAUAUGUUGGGGGAGUUCAUGAUGUCAGGCAAAAAACAAAACCCAUUCUAACUUGGUUAAGAAAACA